AUGCGCGAGAGUUGCAGAGGGAGAAGAGUGACUGGAGAUUUGGUUAAGAUGGAGGUUGGGAGAAGAAGAAGAGAGAGUUUUGGAGCGCGAUCUUUCUGUAGAAUCCAGAAUCUCCCCGAAUCUGGGCUGGGUUUCGGUUGUAAAACUCUGGUUAUUGAAUCAGUUGGUGGUUUAGCUGAAGCUGAUUUCCUGAACUGGAAAUCAUUUCCUGACUUUAUGAACUCCUUCCUACUUUUUCUUCUUUGGUCACCGGUUUCUACACUGAUAAUGCAUGGCAGCUUGGAUAUGAUAACCGGUUUAAUUGUGAUGCGUAUGUCUGGAUAUGUGCAAGGCUUUGUCGCGAACAAAAGGGCAUAUCAUGGCAUACCAUCAAGAUAUAAUUGA